GAGAUAUAUUCUCCCAACUUAGAUGGGCAUAAAUAUCAAAGAGAGCCACUGCUGGUUCAACAUUAGCACCAUAUCUUUUUCUUUUCUCGUUCAAACUCUUUGUUUCUCCUCGAAGUGACACAUUACGUCAAAUGGAUGACAAUAAUGUUUUAGCAUCUGUGCGUGCUGCAGUUUUUAAGGAAUCAGAGAAUCUUGAGGGUAAAAGCAUCAAAAUUAAGGGAUAUGACUUCAAUCAAGGACUAAACUACUCCAACCUUAUAAGGUCCAUGAUCUCUACUGGAUUUCAAGCCUCCAAUUUGGGAGAUGCCAUAGAAGUCGUCAAUCAAAUGUUAGAUUGGAGGCUUGCUCAUGAGAAUGUGAUUGAAGAUUGUUCUGAGGAGAAGAAGGAUCCAAUCUUUAGGGAGUCGACGAGGUGCAAAGUGUUUCUUGGUUUCACUUCCAAUCUUAUUUCUUCUGGUGUUAGAGACACAAUUCGUUAUCUUGUUGAACACCAUAUGGUUGAUGUGAUUGUCACUACAACUGGUGGUAUUGAAGAAGAUCUUAUAAAAUGUAUUGCUCCCACAUAUAAAGGUGACUUUUCUCUUCCUGGAGCAUUUCUUCGAUCAAAAGGGCUUAAUCGCAUCGGUAAUUUAUUAGUUCCUAAUGAUAACUACUGCAAAUUUGAGGAUUGGAUAAUCCCAAUUUUGGAUCAGAUGUUGAAGGAACAACGUGAAGAGAAUGUACUCUGGACCCCGUCCAAGGUAAUCCGACGCUUGGGAAGAGAAAUAAAUGACAAGAGUUCGUAUCUUUAUUGGGCCUAUAAGAACAAUAUUCCAGUCUUCUGUCCAGGAUUAACAGAUGGCUCAUUAGGAGAUAUGUUGUACUUCCACUCUUUUCGUAAUCCUGGAUUGAUUAUUGACAUCAUUCAAGACAUUAGGGCCAUGAAUGGUGAAGCUGUUCAAGCAAGUCCAAGAAAGACUGGGAUGAUAAUUCUAGGUGGGGGACUCCCUAAACAUCAUAUAUGCAAUGCCAAUAUGAUGCGUAACGGUGCAGAUUAUGCUCUCUUCAUCAACACCGCUCAAGAGUUUGAUGGAAGUGACUCAGGAGCCUGCCCCGAUGAAGCUGUCUCCUGGGGCAAAAUUCGAGAUUCGGCUAAGACUGUCAAGGUGCAUUGCGAUGCAACAAUCGCUUUCCCGUUGCUUGUAGCAGAAACAUUUGCCUUAAGAAGAGAAAAGGAGAAGAAGGUCAAUGUUGGAGUCUUAGAGAGCUGAUUCGUAUUAAUAAUAUGAAUAUUGAUUAGUUAUCCUUACAAUUGGAUUAUGGUGUGCUGUGAACUCUGGCUUUAAAACACAAUAACUUAUUGAAAAUCUAGGGAGAUUCUAGUCCAGAAAUACCACCUACAUGGAGAUGUUCUUUCUAUGAAAUGGAGUAUAUUGUUUAACUAUGAAUUUUUAGAAUAAAAUUUAAUUAUAUAUUAGAAAUC